UGAGCAAGCACCCACUUUCGAAAAGAAACUCGAUAAAAGCAAAGGCAAAAACUGCACUCAUGGUGGCGAUGGAAGCCAAGCAGAGCACAAGAACAAAGAAGCAGCACACAAGCAUUUCCUUGAUUCCCUUUUAUAUCAACUUCUUAUCCCCAAAUAUAUCAACUAACAAUCAAAAUUCUUUCUUCAUCUUCAAGCCUCCUCUUCUGUUGUUGCUGGUAUUCCUUCAUUGUUGUUUUGAAUAAAUCUGAUGCUGCUGUUGUGGUCGCCAUUUUUGUUGCUCGACUUUCAACUAUUUAAAACGACACCGUAUUUUCGGAAUCCGGUCUGUAUCGGUCUUUCGCUGCAAUUACAGAGCAGAUCGCUGCUUCGGGAUUAUGAUGAUUAAAUCUCUACGGUUGGAUCAUCCCUCUCUUCCCCUUGGCGGUUUGUUCCUUGAUCAAACAGUCCCUGCUUCGUUUGUUUCCUCGUUUUCAACGAAUAAGGGUGCGAUUAAUUCGUGUAGUAUUGGAUAUAAGAGGCUGACCUUCGGGAAAUUGCGGCGAGGAAAUGGAAUCAAGGGCCCGUUGUUCUUGGCUGUGAGCUUAUCGAGCGAGGAAGGGGAGGAUUGUGUUGAGGAAUCGGAAGAGAGGUUGGGGCAAAAUGGGGACACGAACUUGUCAGGGAACGAAACAGUUUUUGGUGAGCGCAAAGUGGAGAAGACGAAGGCUAAAGAGCGGGGAUCAGGUGCUUUGAAUACUACCAAGCAUUUGUGGGCUGGUGCCGUUGCUGCGAUUGUUUCAAGAACUUUGAUUGCACCUCUUGAGAGACUGAAGUUGGAAUACAUAGUUCGUGGCGAGCAGAAGAGCCUUUUUGAACUCAUUAAGGCAAUAGCAGCUUCUGAAGGGCCAAAAGGCUUUUGGAAAGGAAACUUUCUCAAUAUUCUUCGUACUGCCCCUUUUAAGGCUAUCAAUUUCUAUGCUUAUGAUACAUAUAGAAGUUAUCUGUUGAAAUUAUCCGGGAAUGAAGAAGCCACAAAUUUUGAGAGGUUUCUUGCUGGUGCUGCAGCUGGAAUCACCGCUAGCUUGCUUUGUCUACCUAUGGAUACUAUAAGGACAGUUAUGUUAGCACCUGGUGGGGAAGCAUUGGGUGGUGUAGUUGGUGCUUUCCGCCAUAUGAUCCAAACUGAAGGGUUCUUUUCUCUUUACAAGGGUAUAGUACCCUCUCUUGUGAGUAUGGCUCCAUCAGGUGCAGUUUUUUAUGGUGUUUAUGAUAUCCUGAAGUCAGCAUAUCUCCGUUCACCGAAAGGGAGGAAGAGGCUUCAACAAAUGAAACAAGAAGGUGAAGAAUUAAAUGUAUUGGAUCAAUUAGAGUUGGGUCCCAUUAGAACAUUGCUAUAUGGGGCAAUUGCUGGUGUUUGUUCUGAAGCUGCAACUUAUCCAUUUGAAAUUGUGAGGAGACAUCUCCAAAUGCAGGUGCAAGCUACAAAGUUAAGUGCAAUAGCAACUUGUAUCAAAAUAGUUCAUCAAGGAGGUGUUCCUGCUCUAUAUGCUGGUUUAAUUCCUAGUUUAUUGCAGGUUUUACCAUCGGCUGCCAUUAGUUACUUCGUAUAUGAGUUCAUGAAGAUAGUUCUGAAAGUAGAGUCAGCAUAGAUAUUUUUUCCAGCAUCCAUUUUAAAGCCCUGGAGAGGCUGGAAAGAGUGAGAAAAAAGUUAAUACUGGGGAAA